AUGGGUCUUGUAACGAGUAGCUCCAACGGCGAUAAGAAAUCUUCAAAAUCAUCAUCUCAAAAUAAUUUGGAGGAUGAUGAAUUAACUGCAACUCCGACAAUAGGAUAUAAUGUAAAAGAAUUUGCUUAUAAAGGAGUUGUAUUUAAUUGUUGGGAUUUAGGAGGCCAGAAGAACAUUAGAAGUCUGUGGAAGCACUACUAUAAAGGAUCAAAUGGAAUAAUUUUCAUUGUGGAUAGCGCUGAUCAUGGAAGACUGAAAGAGUCCAAACAUGAGUUGUAUCAUUUGUUGGAAGAUCCUGAUUUAAGAAAUCUUCCUGUGUUAAUAUUUGCUAAUAAGAGAGAUAAAGAAGGUGCAAUCUCUGCGACAGAACUCAUAGCUCAGUUUGAACUAGAGGAUUCCAUUCAAUUAGUGAACGGUAAACAUGAUUGGUAUGUGGAAAGUGUCAGCACGAUAACAGGAGAAGGAAUUGAAAGUGGUUUGAAAUGGCUUGUUUCGAAACUGAAGCAAAAACCUAACAAGGAAUAA